AGAGGCGAACCUUGUGCACCCAGACUCAUGACACAAACAUAGCUCCGACAACAGUGAGCAGGGCGGCGGGGGUGGGUGUUCCGCAGUAGUGGACGCACUGAAACAGGAAGGUGGAGGAAUACGUUUCCCGCUUCAGCUGGAUUCCUGUGAAAGAUGAGAGGAAGGAGCAAGGGAAUACGUGUGUUGAGAGAAGUCCUGCGUGGAGCCUGAUGGCCCUUGAAUGAGGUCUUUCUGCAGCCCGUCAUCCUUCAGACGCUCCUCAACUUUGCUGAAAGCUGGCAUGGAAGACGGCAAACGGCUCUGAAGCACUCACAGAAGGAAGUCGGGAAGUUUACAAAGUAUUUUUGGUCUGGAAACCAGGAGCUUGUAUCGGGAGCCGAGGGUCACCGGAGACGCCAUGGAUGAGCCUGCAGAGGGACCCGGGGAGGCCUCGGUCGGCCAGGCUCUCUCUCAGUUCCACACCACCUUACAGGCUGCCGUGAGGGAGGUGCACAUGGACGUGAGCGCUUUCAAGCAGCGCAUCGAGCGACGGAUCGACGAGCUGUACGUCUCCAACGGGCCCCUGGCCGAGGCGGUGAGCCGGCUGCAGGAGGAGAACCUCCAGCUCAGCGCCAGGCUGGAGUCUCUCGGCCGGCUGGUGGAAGGCCUCACCGGGGUAAAGGUCGGCAGGACCCCCGGUGAGAAGGCGGCGACCGAAGAAGGCUUGGAGAACGGUCAUGUGCAGACGCAACCCUCGACCCGAGAGUACCAGGCGGUUCUGGUCAGCGCCGCAGGAUCAGAAAACGACCAGUCGUCUUCCACGGCCUCUGAACCAGCAUCUGAUGGUGCCGCUUCUUCUUCUGCUGGCGCCUCCGUCGGCACGUCAGCCCCUCACCCGUGGAGAGCAAAGAGGCAUCCAGACAUGAAUGGAACCGAUGCAAAAUCAGAUACAAACGUCACCCAUGCAGCCGCGGCGGCCCAAGAGCAUCACAAACAACCAGAAAAUACCUUAGUGAACUCUGAUGUUACCAAAACCACUGAAGCUCCUGCCCUUUCUCACUGGCCUGUGGUCGCCAUGACCAGACCCAACCCGGAUCCUGCUGCCAUGGAAACGCCCUACACGACCGACCAGGAAGAAACGGGUCCUCCAACCAAACCACAUGUGCAUCACACCGUGUCGGCUAAAGCCGACCCGGAGGAGGCAGCAGCUACUCCGUCUCCCGUCCCAGCGGCCAGGACGACCAAAGACUUCAGACUACCCGAAUCUAAUGGAAAAUAUUUUGAUGAGCCCCGGCCUCAUCUCCCCGUCACUGCCAUGACAACUAAACCCACUUCAGAAGGUUUUCCUGCCGCCAAACCUGCUCAGUCUGCAGCAUCGGCGCCUACAGCAACUGGGGAUUCGUUUAUGAGAGGAACAUCUGGGGUGCAGGAGUUGAGCUCCCCGUCAGAAGCUGCUCCUCAGGGUUUCCCUCAUAUUCCCGUCACAGCUGCCCCCAGGAGCAGCUCCGAGGCUCCGGCUGCACCCAGACCCAACCAGAACCCUGCUCCGGGUCCCAAUCCUUCAGCCCCGGAAUCCCCAACUAUGAAACGAGGAGAGUAUCCAUUUAAACGAGACGUCAGCGAACCCAAACCCUACCUGCCGCCGUCGUCCAAGCCGAACACGGAGUCUGCACCGCUGGCCGGACCGGCCCAGUCCCCAGCAGUCCCAGCGCCACUGGAGCCAGCACUGAAACCGGGGGAAUAUCCCUUUAAGAGAGCUCCAGUUCUUAAGUCCCCCAGUCCCAGUUUAAAGAGAAGCGUGAGCUUUCCCCAGUCUGCAGAGAAAUUACUUCCCUCCAAAUCAAUUAUAAAGUCUGGAUUCUCCCCUAGUUUGGACAAGAAACCUAACAAGCCGGGGGGACUUGAGUUUAAGCAGGACGUGAAGAAGAAUCAGGCGUUUCCUCGCUCCAACAGCGCCCAAGCCAAGCGGGCCUUGUUUGAAAGGAUGAACUCGGACCCGAUGAAGCCAAAGGAGUCCAAGCCCAAGCUGAAGCGCUCCCAGAGCUUCGGCGUGUCCAGCGCCAGCGGCAUCAAACAGAUCCUCCUGGAGUGGUGUCGCUCCAAGACCAUCGGCUACCAGAACAUCGACCUCCAGAACUUCUCGUCCAGCUGGAGCGAUGGGAUGGCCUUCUGCGCCCUGGUGCACUCCUUCUUCCCUCUGGACUUCGAUUACAACAGUCUGAAUCCGACGAACCGCAAGCAGAACCUAGAGCAGGCCUUCACCACCGCAGAGGAGCAGGCCGACUGUCUGCGGCUGAUCGAGGUGGACGACAUGUUGCAGAUGGGGGACAAGCCGGACCCCAUGUGCGUCUUCACGUACGUCCAGUCCCUCUACAACCACCUGAAGAAGUUCGAGUGACUCUGUAUCAGAGUCGGUCACCAAACCUACGCGUGAACGCUUCAGAAGCCUGAGACCGGAGGCCACAUGCAGUUUUCUGUGACGUGUUUGUGUGUGUUUGUACAGUGAUGAAACGGAUGUUGCACUUGUGUGAUGAAGGUUCCCGCUGAUCCGUCAGUAUCCGGGAACAUGAGCGAUCAAUGGCAGGCAGACUUGAUAAAGUGUGUGUUUGAAGUUAAUUAGGAGCACCUCCUAUCAGUGAUAGUGAUUUGCACAUUUUCACUGUAAAUGUUUACAUUAAUAAUCCAUAAAAAUAUAUAUUUAAUUCAAUAUAAAUGGAUAUAAACAGUAA